UUGGUGGCAACGACUCUCAUCCCCGGCCGUUGUGGGCAAGAGGAAAGAGAUAAAAUUAAUACUCCUCUCCGCAGCGCAAGUGAACCUCUUAUGACCUUUGGCUAAGUCAGCUAGAGGAACUGCAAAUCAUAAAUAGGCUCGCAAAAAGGCCAAGGCUCGCCAAAGGCUUCACACUAUCCAGUCGCGAUUACACCAUCGCCGAGAUGCUGAUACUGCUGAUACCGAUCCUGUUGCUUUCCACGUUUGUAAACGGUCAGCAGAGUCUUCAACCAUGCACUCAAUUGAUAUCCUCAAGCUCUCACCAGAACAAUAUAUUUCGUGCAAAACUAAGUGUCCCUUCGAUUCGUAACGAAAACCGAUGGCAAGCGACAAUCAAGUUCACCAGACCGGUCGCUGAGUUUUCGGUCAAAAAUGCGACAUUCUCUUCUGCCGAUAUGCGAUCUUUUGUUCUCAGAGGAGGACCCCUAGCAGCCAAUUCAGUACUGGUUUUGAACUUCCAGACCAGGUACACUGGCCCCUCUAGCACUCUUUCCAUCGAGAGUGUCCACUUUGACGGCAAACUUGUAUGCAAAGAAACAAUUGAAGUAACACCAACGAACCCGCGGAUCCAAACGCCGCAGCGAAAGCAGUUGAAAUACGAUUACAAAACCGUAAUUCACAAUUCACUGCUCUUUUAUGAAGCCCAAAGGUCAGGACUUCUGCCUGAAGACAACAGAAUAAGGUGGAGAAACGAUUCCUGCGUUAGGGACAGAGGAAACGGAUUUGAGAGCCUCAUCGGCGGAUAUUACACGAAUGGCAGAACUCUGAAAUUCACGUUCCCAACGGCCGCUACAAUGACUGUGCUAGCUUGGGGUAUAUUGAAUAAUGAAGACGGAUAUGCGCGAGCUGAUGAGCUAGCUCUUGCGAAGGACGCAUUGCACUGGGGAACUUUGUACCUAGAAAAAUGUCACACGAAGCCCGAAGAAAUAUAUGCACUCGUGGGUGACGUUGACAAGGAAAUUCGUGAAUGGUGGGGACGACCUGAGGACAUAAAUUUCCACCGUCCAGCCUACUCAGUCACCCCUAACAAUCCAGGAUCUGAACUGGCAGCUGAAGCUGCCGCCGCCUUAGCGGCCAGUUCUAUUCUGUUGGGCGAAGAUCCAGCGAGGAAAAAUAGCCACAUGAGACACGCCAAGGAAUUAUACAGUUUUGCUACUAACUACAGGGGUGACUACAGCAAAGCCGUUCCAUUAGUCGCGGAGUUUUACAGAUCUUGGUCUGGAGACGAGGAUGAACUGGUGUGGGCCUCACUGUGGCUUUACAGAGCUACCGGUGACAGGACGUAUCUGGACAAUGCCACGAGGAUGUACCACAAUUUCCGCUUGUCCACGAAACAAGUCUCAGAGUUUUCUUGGGACGACAAAACACUAGGAGCUAGAAUUCUUUUAGCCUUGUUCACUUUAGACGAGCAGUACGCGAGGGAAGCAGAGGCUGUGUGUGACAAUGUAGCAAGAAACUCGUCUCUCAGGAAUCCUCAGGGUUUGUACCACAUCAACCAGGCCGUCGGAGCAAUCAGGUACGCGGCCAACAUCGCGUACGCUUGCUAUGAGCUUGGAGAAGUUUUGAUUACCAUCCGCGAUAUUCCCACAAACCCAUACAUCCAAUUCGCAAUUCAACAAGUCAACUUUAUCCUUGGUGACAGUGGCCGAAGUUUUAUGGUGGGCUUUGGCAACAACUACCCUAGGAAAAUCCAACACUCGGCGAGCUCGUGUCCGAAUAUCCCUCAAGAGUGCGGCUGGAAGAACAAAAACGCGCCUGGCCCGAAUCCGCAGGUGCUGGUCGGCGCCCUGGUAGGCGGCCCUGACAUAAACGGACGAUACGAGGACUCUCGCGACAACUGGAGCCAAAACGAUGUCGGCAUUGACUACAACGCGGGCUUUCAGUCGCUGGUAGCCGCUCUCUAUAGUCUGCAUCAUCAAAAUAAACUUCCUAACGAAGCAUACCUGAACAAUUAUUAGCCAGGAUAUAAUAAUUAAUGGUAUUUAUUUUUCUAUUAUUAUUAAUUAACUCAAAUGAUUAUGAGCUCUGCUAUAAACGGAUUAAUAAAGCAAUAUAUUUUGAAUUAAAAA